UGUUCUCUUCUCCUCUCGGUUCGCUUCGGAUCUGCUGACGUGUCGGCAGCGGCUCCGUGAUCAACAGCUGCCAGCAUGGCUGCACCGAAGCCCUGCUUUUAUUAUGUUUUUACGCUUGUUCUGUACGCGUGUUUUCUUCGGAGCAGCGCGGAGCAGCGCUUCUCGGACCUGAAGCGAUGCGCCGAUGAAGAAUGCAGCAUGCUUCUCGGCAGAGGGAAGGCCGCCAAGGAUUUCACGGGGCCGGACUGCCGGUUUCUCUCUUUUAAGAAAGGAGAGACGAUAUAUGUAUAUUAUAAACUCUCAGGGCAGAGAUCGGAUGUGUGGGCUGGUAGUGUUGGAAACCACUUUGGUUAUUUCCCAAAGGACUAUCUUAAUAUAAAUCAUAUAUAUACUGAUAAAGAAUUGGAGGUACCUACAGAGGAAACAGAUUUUGUUUGCUUUGAGACUGGGCUCGAUAAAUUUGAAAGCUAUGACAUAGAUGUGUUAUUAGGCAGCACAUUGUUGCUAGAAAACGAGAAUUCAACAGAAGAAUCAAAAGAACCAGCUCAGAAUGAAGAUGCAUCUGAAAUGACAACGACAGAAUCAGUGGAGACUCUUGAAUCAGAGUCAUUAGAUAUCGAAUCAACAUCGAUUCUUGAAUCAGAGUUAUUCGAUUCAGAAUCAACAUCGAUUCUUGAAUCCGAGUCAGUUGAUUCAGAAUCACAAUCGGUUCAUGAAUCAAAGUCCGUAGAUUCAGAAUCAUCAUUCCUUGUUGAAUCAGUGGCAGUUGAUUCAGAAUCAGCAUCACAUCUUGAAUCAGAGUCAGGAGAUUCAGAAUCGAUUCUUGAUUCAAAGGCAGUUGAUUCAGAAUCUGUAGAAGCUCCUGAAACAGACACAUUACUGAAAUCUACUGAAGAGGACUCUGAUAGCGUUCAGCCAAAGACAGAUGUUCCAUCAGAACCGAUAUCGGAAUCUAAAGAUGCACUAACAGAAGAGACAGAAGAUAUUCCAAUAAACCAAGAUGCUGAGGUCAUUUCAGAGGAUGUAGAAACAGAACCAUCAGAUUCUGAUGCGCAAGAUAUUGAUUAUUCUGAACUUUUGCACAACCAAAGUGACUCUGAUUUUGAGCCACUUGAAACACAAACAGCAGGUUUAGACGUAGCACAUGAAGAACCUGCUAAAACAGAGCUAAACGAUAAAGAUAUACCACUACAAACACCAGAGAAAACACUCGAGGAUGAGGACAGGUCAAGCUUUAAAGAUGCUUUCAAAACAGAGCAUGAAGGUGAAACACAAGAGACUGAAUCUCUUGAGGAACUCACCAAAGCGCCACUUUCAGCUGCUGAUGUUGAAGAACAAGCUGGUCUUGAGGUCACGCAUGCACAAAGUGAUUUUGAAGAACUGGCUAAUGCAGAUGAAGCCAUAAACAUUAAAAUCCCAGAAUCUUCUCAUCUUCCACAAGACGCUAAAACUCCUUCGGAUGCGAGCGAAAACGUCCCAUCUGAACCAGCACUGGAAACGCACACUGAGUCCGGAAAAGCACCGCCGGCAUUAAAAGUUAGUGAAAUCACUGAAGAACAUGAUCCAAAGAAGUUGGACACGAACAAGAUGGAAAACAGUGAAGACCUUCUUCAGAAGGCCAGCAUGAACAAGAAUGAAAAUAUUGCAGACGAUCCUCAGGAUGCACUUACGAACAACAGCGAAAAAGCGAGUGAAUCGAUUGGCGAAGAUGAGAAGUUAAAGGAGGAACUUGUAACAGAAAGCCCAGAAACUGCACCUCUAUUUGACCAAACGGAGGAACAGAUCGAUAAAGUGAAGAACGAACUCGUGAAUCUACUGAAAAACACACUGGAAUCGGAACAACAGGGUCCUGAAGAUGAUGAAGAUGAAGAGGACGUGGAUGAAGUUGCCGAAGAGCUUUUAGAGGAUGAAAACGCUCUUCUUUCUUCUAAACCUCAGCUCACAGAAGACAUGCAUCAACUUAAAGAAAACCAACAACCUGAAGGCAAUCAAUUGAUCGAAUCCCAACAAAGCGAAAAGCCCACAAAACAAGAAGAAAAGGACGCGCUUCGUCUUCCUCCCGAGGAGCCUGAAUACAGCGAUAACGUGCUGAGGCUCACAAUCUUACGGGAUCACCUGAAGGACGAGGACAUGGAGCGCAUGCAGAAGUAUUUUGGACUGAAGAACCUGUUCAAAAUCGAGGCCAUGUUUUCUGAUCUAGAUCUGGAGAUGAAGUCUGCCAGAGAGCUGCAGACGGACACGGAGGAAAUCGAGCGAACGCUGGACCAGAUCAUGGAGGCCUCGGAGAACUCGAUUCUCGACGCCACAGAGGACAUAUUGAAUGAAAGAGAGCGGAAAUCUCAGCAGAAGGAGCCGGAAGCGUAUGAUUUUGAGGCUGCCAUCUUAGACGCUUUCCAGGAGAUCGUUUUCGCUUUACGACAGAAAUAUUCAGCGGCCAGUGACAGCGCACCGUUGGUCGAGGAAGAACUGCUUGCAUCUGAAACAGAUGAAAAAGUCGACUCUGAAGAGGUGAAGGCUUUGGAGAGUGACAUCGAAAUGACCGAACCACCCAAGAGUCCUGAAACGCACGAGGAGCAGAAUGACUCUGAAGUGAUUCUGAAUUCUGAAUUAAAUAUGAACGAAGACUUGUCUCGCACUAAAGACGUGGGUCUGGAGGAGGACGGGGGCCAUUUCAACAGAAAUAAAGAUGCCCAGAUAGGGUUUGAAGACACUGAGGAGAUUCAAAAGGGGCCUCAUGCUAUUUUGGAGAACCCAGUGGACAUCGGCUUUCACUUUGAAGUGGAUCCAUCUUCAGGCUCACUGGAGUCUCCAAGUGUCUCUGAUUUCCACGACACUGAAGCAAGCAGUGAUUCCUCCAGCUCCUCAACUUCAGAUGACCUUUGGGGUUUUGUGCUUCUCGUCAAAGAAUAUCUUGGAGUGUACGGAGAAAUUGUGAUCACUGCUCUUCCGGAGGAAUGGCGACCGGGUCCCAAUUUCCACGGAGUCCCCUGGGAGCCGGUGGUUGCUACGGUGGUUGCCGGGGCCCUCACAGUACUGAUGUUCUUCUGGAGGACCAUUCUUGCUAUCAAAGGCAGAACAUAUCAAUUAACUGAAAAGCAGCUUCGAGACAAGAUCCAGCAGCUUCUCAACGAGAAAUCUGAUGCUGCUAACAAGAUCACAGAAUUAAACGGCAUGAUAAAAGAGCGCGAAGAACUGCUGAAGAACUCUGAGAAAUCACUGAGUUCCAGCCAACAAGAAGUGAAAGGGCUGAAGAACCAUCACCAGAAGCUCCAGAGCCAGUGGGAGCAGAUGUCUGGGAGCGUUUCACAGCUCAACCAGAAAAUAGUGGACACGCAGGAAGAAAAUUCAAAUCUUAAUGAGAAGAUUGCCAAAAUGCACCAGAGAAUCGAGAAAUACCAGAAAACACUGAAGAGCUAUGAUGAGGAGCGUGCAAAGGUUCAUGUCCUCAUGGAUGAAGCCAAACUCAGAGAAGAUGCUCUUAAGGCUCAGGUUCUGUCCUUUGAGAAAGAAAACGGUGCUUUAAAAGAGCAGAAGAAAUCUCUCCUCCGUGAUGCUAAAGACUGGCAGGAGAAGCACAAGAAACUGAGCGAGGAGAUCCGAGUUUACCACAAAUCCCAGAAAGAGCUGGAAGACUCUCUGGUGCACAAGGAGAAUGAGAUUGAUGUUUUGUCCAGCUGUAUUGCAGAGCUCAACCGUCUGGGAGCCGGUGAUCCUGCAGAACUACAGAAAGAUGAUGCUAAAAUGUCUAAUGGAGAAGAUGCUGAGAAGAAGAUGGACAGCAUGAGACUGCGAAUCAAACAGAUGAUGGACGUCUCCAGGAUUAAAGCGACUCUCGGUGUUGUUGAAGACGAGAGGAAUCGCUACAUGGAAAGUCUCCUCGCUGAACAGAAAGCCAGACAGGAGCUGGAGGAGCAAUAUCAGAAGGUCAUGCAUGACCAGAUGAAUCUGAACAAUGAGAAAACGCAUCUGGAGAACCAUUUCAAGAACCUGCAGCAGAGGCUGGAAAUCACCACUGAACUCUACCAGCAGAAAGAGAAUGCACUGCAGCAGAAACUGACUCAGGAGGAGCUGGAGAGACGCGAGAAGGAGUCGAAGCUGUCGGAGGUGGACAGUAAAGCUCUGUGCUCAGAGGAGGAUGUGAGAGCCCUCAAACAGAAGAUCAAGGACAUCGAGGAUGAGAUGCAGCAGAACGAACGCUCUCUGAAGUCUGAGGUGGCAAUCCAGGAGAAGAAAGCCCAUGAGAACUGGUUGAAAGCCCGCACCUCUGAACGAACUCUGGUGGAGGAAAGGAGAGAGUCGGCCACCCUUCGUCAGAAGCUUGUGGAGUACGGAGAUAAAAUAUCAGACCUGGAGCAAAGUCUGUUCAAACUCAACUCUGGACCUCCAGAUCGCCACAUGCAGCCACAGAGAAGAAGUGACUCGUACGGGCCGUCUCCUGUGAGUGGGGGGGCUCCCUCUCCUCCUCUAAUGAUCGAGGGUCCCGGACGCCCCCCCUCUGCACCUGUAGGGCGAAGGGGCGAACCGUUCGGUCCACGACCCCCGUCUGACCCUCACGGACGCUUCUCAGAGCUCGGACACCCGCUGCCCUCCAGACCAGAAAUGUUUCCUCCGAUGAGUUCAUCUCCCUGUGCACAUGAUGGACCGAUGCAGACGGCACUGGUCAGUGAGACGGCCGAGGCCUCCGAGCAGGUCUCGUCUGAGCCAGUAGAGCCUCUCUCUAAGUCUCAGAGUCAGGGAUCCUUCCUCCCGUCUCCCAUCCGGGAUUCUCCGGUUCUGCCACCCAAGUCUUACGGACCCCCGGUCAUGCCGCCUAUGAUGAUCCGACUGCACAUGAUGCCUCCAGAGCCGCGCUAUAGACCGCCACCCAUGGACUCCUACGGCCCUCCACCUCCGAUCGGCCCGUUUGGACCUGUACCGCCACCGUUUGGACGAGGCCCGCCGUUGGGACCGCUUCCUCCUCCGCCGCUUGGACCGCGGGACAUCCCGCCCGAAUUCUUCGGCCCCCGCGGACUCCCCCCUCGACCCUUCCCUCCCGGAACUCUGCCGCCUCCCGGAGCCAUGAUCCCGCCUCCGUACGGCGGGCGCGGUUUCCCAGGACCCCCUCCGCUAAUCCCUCAGCGCUCCAGAGACGGCGAGGGGAGCGCCACACCAGCCAACGACCCGCCAACGAAUGCAUCCCAUCAGCACAGCGAGCCUUGACAUGAGAACGUGCCGAUUCUUCUCAAUACUUAACCAUCAAAAUCUGGUUUGGGUGGAAGAAAACACGUUAUUUUGUUUGAAUAACACAUUUGUGACCGAAAUAAUGAGGGAUUUUGAUUUUAUACCUUAGCAAACCUUUCCUAUGGAAAUAGUUUGAUUUAAUAUGCAUUACAAUAGUUUUUCCGGUGGUUGUCAUGUGGUUAAAUUAAGAUCUCUACCACUUGACCCAGUGCUGAUGCAUUCUGGGAUGUCAAACUGAUAUUUAGACGCGUCGUGAAGUUAUUACCUCAUGCCUUUAAUGUGAGAGGAUUUUACAUAUUUUUAUGCCUUUUCACCAUUUUUGAACGCCCAUAUUACUGCUUUUAGUCUGAUGAUUCGCCUGCCCACUUGAUUAUUUGCCAGCUCGCCUGUGUUAGUUUUAACGUUUGAUUCGUCGUGCGUCUGCUCUUAUGAUUUCUUUUCCUAGCGGAAAAAGGCACAUAUGAUGUCAUAUUGACAAAGUAUUUGUACAUUUCUUUCAGCUGCGUAUACAAUAAAAUAUUCUCACAAAUCAGACACAAUAGAAACAGAUGAACGUUGUGUGUUUGCGCAUCUGAGCUUUCCUAGUCAACAGGUGAUUUAAAUGUAUUAUUGGAUGUUGCAUGAUGAUGAAACACGAGCAGAAUGAAUUUUUGACAAACUCUGUGACUUGAUUGUGACAGUUACGUCAAAACAUUCAUGAAAACGAAAUAGUCUCAUUCGAUUCAUGAGCAAGUGUCGCACAUUCAUCGCAAAUGAUUCAUUGAAUUGUAAUAAUUUAUAUAUAU